AUGCAAGCCAUCACCCUCCACCAACAAGGCCACACCAUCCAAAUCCUCGAACAAAGCCCCAAUCCCACCCCACCUUCCCACAUGGCCGGCGUAAGCAUAGGUCCCGACGUCCUAGCUUUCCUCUCACGCUACGACCGCGUCUCCCACAUUCCAUUAGGAAUCCCAGCCACUCAGCUCCAAACCGUAGACCACGCAGGCCAACCACAGCCCUUCCUUCGCAUCCAGCGCACCAUGACCUCCUGGGAUGCAUUGUAUUUCCGUCUUCGUGCCAACUACGACGGUCUAGCCAGCGACUACAUCCCUAACCCUCCAGAUGCCCUCCCUACCUUCCCAGAUGAAUCUCCAAGUGAGGCACGAGCUCGCGCACGAUACGACUAUGGCCAGCGAGUUAUCGACAUAUCUGAGAUUCCAUCAACAGGGAAGCUAGCCAUCGUCACAGAGAGUACCAGCACAAAAACCACAGCAACACACACAGCAGAUCUAGUCCUCGGCGCCGACGGCCCCCGCUCCAUCGUCCGCCAACUCUUCCUACCCCCAUCCCCUCAAUCCGCCACCAACAAUGAAAACCACCGCAAAUACGCCGGCUACCUCGCCUGGCGGGGCAUCAUCCACGAAAGCCAAGUCCCACCCACAACCCUCUCCCUCUUCUCAUCCAACAUGACCUACAACAUCCGGAAACACCCCACCCACGGCUCCCACAUAAUCGUCUACCACAUCCCCGGACCCAACGGCUCCAUCGCCCCCGGAACCCGCUACCUCAAUCUCUGCUGGUACCAGAACGUCGCCGCGGAGGACCUCCCCACACUCAUGACCGACAUCCACGGCGUGCGCCAUCACACCACCGUGCCACGGGGCCUAGUGCCAGCGAGGAUCUGGGACUCGCAACGGGCGCUGGCGAAACAGGUGCUGGAUUUCCCAGAGCCGUAUAUGGAACUUCUGAGGAUGAUUGACGCGCCGUUUCUGCAUCUGAUUACGGAUUACCCGCCGGCGGGGAAGACGUGGUUUUUGGAUGGUAGGGUGAGGUUGGUGGGUGAUGCCGCGGUGUUUUUGAGACCGCAUAUUGCGUUUAGUACGAAUCAGGCGGCGAUGCAUGCGCGGUUGAUGGGGGAGUUGGUGGGGAGGGACGGGGUGAGUGGUGGUGGAAGGGGUGCUGCUGCGGAGGAAGAGUGGGAGUAUAGGGUUGCUAGGGCGGGAGAGUUGCAUUGGGCGAGGAGUGUUUGGUUUGGUGAGUAUUUUCAGAAUCCGUCGCUGUUGAGUGCGAUUUGGCAUGAUGCGGUUAGGUAUUGGUUGCUGGCGGCGAAGUAUUGGGUUAGGUAUUGGUGUGGGUGGGUGGAUCGGCCGGUUGUUUGA